AUGUCCACCGCCGCCCAGCCACGUCGUCCGGCCAAUUCGGAGCCGCCACCUCAGCGCCGCCGCCUCUCGCACCCGACGAGGAGGCGACACAUCGCCACGCCGGUCCUCCCCACCGCGUGGCCCGCCACAGCCCGCAGCCGGCCCGCCCGGGUCCGAACUUUGCCGCCGCCGGGCCCGAGCGCGCCCGCAUCCCACGCCUCGCCUCCUGGCCUGCUCCCACUGCCUGUCCCCGAGCGCUCCACGUCCGCCGCCGCGCCGGACCUUGCCAGCCCCGCCGCCCGACCCCAACGCCGUGGGCCGCAGCACCGCCUGCGUGCACCCUCCGCCGUCCAGCCACGCCGCCACCCGCGUGUGCCUCCCGCGCCGCGGCAGCCCGAGCUCCUCGCCGCCGACGAACGCCUCCGCCACUGCGCCAACCUCGCCUAG